AUGGAGAGAGAGCGAGAAGGCAGGGAAACGCGCAUAGGUGGGGGGGGGGGGGUGGGGGGGUGGGGGCGCGAGCGAGAGAAGAGAGAGCGACGAGCGCGCGCGACGAGAGCGUUGAGAGUGGAGAAAGGACGGGGAGGAAGGAACGAGGAGAGAGGCGAGAGAGAAAGAGAGAGAGGAGAGCGCGACAGAGGAGGACUAGAGAGCGAGAGAGCGAGCGCGCGCUCUCAGGCAGGACGGGACAGCGCGAGGGGGAGCGCGAGGCGCACGCGCGCGCGCCGGACGGGACAGGGGCGGCGAGGCGCGCGCGGCACCCGACGGGGACAGAGCUAUGGGGGUGGUGGGUGGAGCUUAUAGUAGACGUAAUGUUAAUAUAUAUUGUAUAUCUUCGAUCUAUGCUCGAUAGAUUAUAGCUAUAUCUAUAUCUAUAUAUAUAUCCUCUACUAUCUCUAUAUCACUAGCUAGGUAACCUUUACUUUACAUCUCUAUUUGUGUUGUCUCUUCGUCUCUCUCUCUGUCUCUUCUCUUUCCUGUACUUUACAUACAUUCUCGCUCUCUCUCAUAUUCUUCUCUCUCUCUAGUUUCUCAUCUCUCUCUCUAUCUCUCUCUCUCUCUCUCUCUCUCUCUCUCUCUCUCUCUCUUUCUCCUUACUUUUACAUUAUUUGUGUGUGUCUCUCGCUCUCCUUACUUUCAUGCGCGAGGGGGGGUGGGGCGCGCGCGCGCGCGCGCCGGACGGGACAGCUAAGAGGAGGCGCGCGCGGCCCGCAGGACGGUAAGCGCGAGGGGGGGGGGGGCGCGGAGCCGGAAGGACAGCCGAGGCGCGCGUCGCGCCGGACGGGACAGUCGGCGAGGCGCCGAGCGCAGGACGGGAACAGGAGGGGGGGAGGGGGAGGAGAGAGAGAGAAGAAGCCGAUGCGACAGAGGAAGAGUAGAGAGGACGAGAUGAGAGAUGAGAGUGUUUAGCCCUGUCUAUUAGCUAGCUAUCUCUCGAUCGCUAUCCCCCUACUAACCCGUGGCAUAUCUAUGGUGUGUCUCUCUACUCCUUACUUUACAUUCUAUAUUUAAUCUCUCUAUAUAUACGUCUCUCGCCUCUCCUUACUUUAAAUAUCGAGUCUCUCUCUAGCUCCUCCUUACUUUUACAUAUCUAUUUGGGUGUAUCUAUAUUUAUAAGUACUUUACAUUAUAUUAUCAUCUCUAGCUCUCUAUCUCUCUCUAUCAUCAUCUCUCUACUCUCUCUCUCUCUACUCUUUAUCUCUCUAUCUAUCUCUCUCUCUAUCCACUCUAUGUCUCUAGAUCUCUCUCUAUCUCUCUCUUCUCUCUCUCUAGCUCUCUCUUCUCAUUACUUUACAUCUCUAUUUGGCAUAUCUCUGUCUCUUAACUUACACUCCUAUUAUCUCUAUCUCUAUAUCUCUCUAUUAUCUCUCUCUAUAUCUCUCUCUCUCUCUUAUAUACCUCUCCUUAAUUUACAUAUCUAUUCCUCUUUAUCUCAUUAAUUAAAUCUAUAUUUGUGUGUCCUCUCUAUCUCCUUUACUUUACAUCUCUAUUUCUCUCUAUCUCCUCUCUCUCUCUAAUCUCUCUCUCUCCUCUCUCUCUCUCUAUAUCCUUACUGUACAUCUCUAAUUUAUGGUUUGUCUAUCUCUACUGACUUUAAAUCUCCUAUUAUUCUCUCUCUCUCUCGCUCUUCGUCCUUACUUUACAUCUAGAUUCUUCAUCUCUCUCAUCUAUAACUGUGCAUCUCGGUUCUUCCUCUCUCUCUUUACUUUGCAUCUGAUAUAUAUCUCUCUCUCUCUCUCUCUCUUCUCUCUCGCUCUCUCUCGCUCUCUACUAAAAACUUUAAAUCUCUAUUCUCUCUCUCUCUCUCUCUCUCUCCUACUUUUAAAUCUAUUUUCUCUCUCUCUCUCCUUACUUUACAUCUUUUUUUUCCCCCCCCCUUAUCCUUUUUCUUCCCCUCCUUUUUCCCUUCUCUCUUCUCGCUCCUUACUUUACAUCUCUAUUUGUGUGUGUCUUCUCUCUCUCUCUCCAUCUGUAUUAUUUUCUCUCCCUCUCUCUUCCUCUCCCCUCUCUCUUUAUCUUCUCUCUCUUUUUCUGGCCACCUCUCCCUCUCUCUCUCUUCCUCUUUCUCUCUCUCCGUCUGUCUUUCUAUCCAUCAUCUGACAGAAGGUUUAUCAGGGUGGGGUUGCUUGUGCCAAAGAGGCUCAGUCUGAAGGAUUAUCAUUGUGCUAUUGUAUAACACACACAUACACAAGCACGCACACACACACACACACACACACACUAAACCCCACAGUGUAGGCCGAAUUGGAGUGUAUAGGCAUGAUCAAACACUAACCCCAACCCCCACCCCCUACACACACCCACACACACUCACACACACAUGUACACACAAUCUCAGAUCAAGGCUUGAAGCAAUGUUGUAAACAUCAGCAUGUCUCACAUCGGCAGACACCACCCAAAGAGAGAGGGAGCGUGAUAAAGGAGGAUAAAGCAGAGACGGAGAGAAAAAACACUCAUAACCUCACCAUGGACUCAAAGUCUUUGUGAUCUGGAUUUGAUGCUGUUACAGAGGAAAAGAGGACAGCAAGAGAGGAGAGAACAGUUGUGUUGUGAUAUACAUUUUGUGAUCUUGGUGUCGGGAGCGCAGAGGAAGAGAGGAGAGCUCAGUGUGCGUUCUACUGUGUGACAGAACUGGAACAGUGGAAGGAACAGUGGAGAUGAGAACACCAGCCAGUGGAACACAAAGAGAAAAAAAGAGAGAGAGAGCCGGCAAUCACUAGGAUGGAGGAAGAUAUUGUCUGUCAGACAGUGGAAGAGAGGAGGAGAAGGGGGAGUUCUGGAGUGGAGGAAGGGUCACGCAGUAUGAGGAAUCUUUAUGACAACUCCUCACUGCACAGGGUUUCCAACGGUAUAUGACAGCUUCUGUUCUUUUUGUUUACUAUUCCACCAGUCAUUUACUAGCAUCCCUCUCAUAAGGAUUAGAGUCUACUAAAAGGACACAGAUGGUACCUAUUGUCUUGGUCUUUGGACUAGCAGAUGUCUUUCAUUUUAUCUCUGUGGUCAUACUCACAUAUGGUUCAUUUCAAGUUUUCUAUUUCUUACUUUUAGUUUAGAAAAUUGCUCAGUGGGCUAAGACAGUGUUAGUGGCGCUGGUUGGGUACAAAUGGCUUUAGCUGUCUAUGUUGUUACCGUAGCUUGGUGGCAUGCGGGAUGGAUAUAGUGGACCAUCUGACGUACCUGAAGCAGUGGCUUUAGCUCAGUGGGCUAACUCUGUGCAUGGUUGUGCUCCCCAGAUGACCGUAGCUCUGCGGCGAGCGGGAUAGAUGUGGCGGACCGCCUGACAUACCUGGAGCAGCGGAUGCAGAUGCAGGAUGAUGAGAUCCAGCUUCUGAAGAUGGCCCUGGCAGACGUCCUCAAGAGACUCAACAUCUCAGAGGAACACCAGGUCGCCAACGCCAAGAAAGGACCUGCUGAGAAAGGUACACUCACACACACACACACACACACACACACACACAGUGGAGUCUGAAAUUAUUGACACCCUUGAUAAAGAUUAGCAAUAAUGACUGUAUAAAAUAAAUAAUUCAAAUACUGAGCUAUAUUAUAUGCACCAAAAAAAGUGGAAAUGCUAUUAUUUUAUACUAAUACAAUUGCUCAGAAAAAAAGAUUUUGUUUAACAAGUAAUCUUUUUUUUCUCAAAAAGUUAGGAGUCAAAGUUAUUGACACCCCUAAAGAUUCUUUAUAAAUAAAGUAGUGAAAAGUUUAGUAUUUGGUCCCAUAUUCCUAGCAAGCAAUGACUACAUCAAGCUUGUGACUCUACAAACUUGUUGGAUGUAUUUGCAGUUCGUUUUGGUUGUGUUUCAGAUUAUUUUGUGCCCAAUAGUAAAUCAUGUAUUGUGUCAUUUCGGAGUCACUUUUACUAUAAAUAAGAAUAGAAUAUGUUUCUGAACACUUCUAAAUUAAUGUGGAUGCUACCAUGAUUACGGAUAAUCUUUAAUGAAUCGUGAAUAAGGAUGAAUGAGAAAGUUACAGAGGGUCAAAGAUCAUACCCCCAAGACAUGCUAACCUCUCACCAAUACCAAUAACAGGGGAGGAUAGCAUGUCUUGGGAGUAUGAUCUUUGACCCUCUGUAACUUUCUCACUCAUCAUUAUUCACGAUUUAUUCAGGAUUAUCCAUAAUCAUGGUAGUGUCCACAUUAAUGUAGAAGUGUUUAGAAGCAUAUCAUAUUCUUAUUUACAAUCGUCUGAGACCAGCCACCCGGACAGCUGAUGAAAUGAGGAGUAUUUAUGUCUGUAAUAAAGCCCUAUUGUGGGGAAAAACAAAUUCUGAUUGGCUGGGCCUUGCUCCCCAGUGGGUGGGCCAGUCUCCCAAGUAGAUUAGGGCCUAAUGAAUAUAUUUCAAUUGACUGAUUUCCUUAUAUGAACUGUAACUCUGAUGAAUGUUGUGUUUAUAUUUUUGUAAACGCAACAUGGUUGGGCGUACUGCCAAAUUCUCUAAAACAACGUUAGAGGCGCUUAUGAUAAAUGAACAUUCAAUUAUCUGGAAACAGCUCUGGUGGACAUUCCUGCAGUCAGCAUGCCAACUGCACGCUCCCUCAAAACUUGAGGCAUCUGUGGCAUUGUGUUGUGUGACAGAACUGCACAUUUUAGUGGCCUUUUAUUGUCCCCAGCACAAGUUGCACCUGUGUAAUGAUCAUGCUGUUUAAUCAGCUUCUUGAUAUGCCACACCUGUCAGGUGUAUGAAUUAUCUUGGCAAAGGAGAAAUGCUCACUAACAGGGAUGUAAACAAAUGUGUGCACAAAAUUGGGGGAAAUAAGCUUUUUGUGCAUAUGGAACAUUUCUGGGAUCUUUUAUUUCAGUUCAUGAAACAUGGGACCAACACUUUACAUGUUACGUUUAUAUUUUUGUUCAGUAUAUAUAUAUGGUCUCAUGGCAAUUCGUAUUAUUCUGUACGUAACUCUGUGACACUCCAUAUAGUAUGAUACUGUAUGUUACAUUAUGUUAGGUUACAUUAUGAAUAGAAUAGUGGUCGUACAAUAUCAUACGAAUUAGAGGAAGUAUAGUAUCAUAUGUCUUACCCAGUCGUACAAUAGCACGAAUUGGAGGAUGUAUAGUAUUAUGUGUCUUUCUCUGAGACCAGGUUGCUUGUUGCGUCAUAUCAACAAAGGAGAAUUAUGGGGAGAAUUUACAUUGAUGGUUAGGUGAACUAAAGACAAAGGUUGGGUGAAUUUACGUGAAAGCUUAGGUGAACUGGGUUAAGCUUAGAAUAAGGGUUAGGGUAAGGGUUAGGGGAAGGGUUAGCUAAAAUGCUACAGUUGUCCCUGACGCGACUCGAACACACAACCUUUGGAUUGUUAGAUGGUCGGAUUUGGAUUACACCCACCCAUCCUUCACGACCAACCACCCUACUUUUGUUUCUGUCUAAAGUAACUAGAUCAUUAGUACAUACAGUAUCCUAUGUCUUGGAGGUGCUCAGAAAUGUGUAUAGUAUGUUUCGUAUGGUUCUGAGGCAAUGCUACAUACACACACCCCCUCCUCACCCACAUUUCCCCUAUGCACCAGCAGCUAGGCCUGUGUCUCUGGGCCUGCCUUCCAGAACAUCAAUGAACAGUCUUGCCUCUCUGAAGAAAAGCUCCACAACCUCUACACUACCAUCUACCUCCACUGCACGGAACUACAGCCCCUUACCAGGAGCAUCAGCCAAGAGGUAUAGUACACAGUCACUAACCGUCACCUGCAAACACAGAGAGGUACAGUAUGAUUACUACACCUCUACUCUAACUCCAUACAUUUCAACAAAUUAAUCACACACUUGCUGUUGUCCCACUCUCUCUAAUGUAUCUCUCCUCCGCCGCUCUCUUUCUUUCUUUCUCCCCCCUCCCCCUUUCUCCCUCAGUGGUGUGAAGAGUUCAGCAGGCAGUGUGAAGGAGAAUCCAUGUACCUCUAAGACGGCUCGGCCCGGCCCCCGACCUGGCCCCGCAGGCUCAACAGCGGCCCCCGGCAGUAAGAAAGCUGAUAGGUAGGUUAGUAGACAGAUACUGCACAGGAACUUAGACGUCUGUGUCAGUAAGAGGGAAGUGGUGUUUAUAUGUGUUCUGAACAUAGCCACUCUGAACAUAGUAGGGGUGUUGAGGGUGCUGUAGCACUCCUGCAAAAUCUGAAGACAUUUUUGUUGGGAUUUCUCACAAAAGUAGUGCACUGGGCCUUUAUAAGUCCUGCAUUAGCGGCACCCCCAUCCCCAAACAUCUUCCCGUGGCUAUAACUGUUCUGUACUGAGUCUAUACGUCUCUUACGUAGUCUCAAAUAGAUCUCUAGAGCAGGAUUCACAACUCUGGUCCUUGAAGGCUUGCUGGUUUCCAUCCUUGUUUGUCAAUCAGACACUGGUUUAUAUCUGUGUCUGGGUAACCUGGUCUAUUAACUAAAAGCAGCAGGACCGUGGCCCUCGUGGACUGGAGUUGUCCAUCCUUGUUCUAGACGAGCGUGAGAUUGAGAAUAGACGUGAGAUUGAGAAUAAUUUCCAUGCUUGUGUGAUGGGGCCUAACUUCUCCUUUCUCACUCUCUCCUUGCAGCAAAACCAAGGAGCCUGCAGCCAGUGUAGGUAAGAAAAUUAUUUAAUUUAUACUGUAGUGUGCUCUUUUCACCAGCAGGGAGCAGCACUGAGCUGUAUAACAGGGCCUUGGGGAGAGGAAUGGCCAGGUUAAUGAAAUGAAAAACAAGCUGUUGGUUAGAUUGAUCCUACUGUAACAUGCCAUUGAUAAAUGAUAUGAGUAACGUGGUUAGAGUGGCUACUAUAAGUCCCACAUAGACUGACCUGCUCUCUCUGUUUAUGUGUUUGUUGUUCUACAGGGUUGAGGCGUGUGACACACUGUAAAGGUAGGCCCUCAGUCCAACCUCCUGGAAUAACAGUCUUAACCUCAACUGGAUAUGUCUUAGUCUAGCUCUACCAGUGGUGGCUGCUGAGGGGAGGACGGCUCAUAGUAAUGGCUGGAAUGGAGUCAGUGGAAUGGUAUCAAACACAUCAAAGACAUGGUUUCCAUGUGGUUGAUACCAUUCCACUGACUCCAUUCCAGCCAUUACUAUGAGCCGUCCUCCCUCAGCAGCCUCCACUGAGUUCUAUAUACUAUGACUGUAUUCUCCACCGCCUGUUACUGAUCUCAUGCAUUAUCUAUCUCAGAAGAGACAACGUCUGUCAAGUUUGUCAAGUUUAUGGAAUAAUUUCUACUAAAAGCUCAAAUCUAAUCUGUGGCAAAUACAUCUUCUGGUUUCUAAAGUACAAGUAAGCACUGUAUUUCAACACUUGUUUAUCCUUGUCUCUCAUUAACUCACCAUGUCUCAUCAUGACUUCUCUUCCCAUUCCCUCUCAACCACACAUCCACACCUUUCCCUCCCACCCCACACUUCAACCCCUCCCACCCAACACUUCAACCCCUCACCACCUCCUCACACCCCAACACUUCAACCCCUCACCACCUGCCACCUCACACCCCAACACUUCAACCCCUCAUCACCUGCAUCCUCCCACCCCAACACUUCAACCCCUCACCACCUCCUCACACCCUAACACUUCAACCCCUCACCACCUGCAUCCUCACACCCCAACACUUCAACCCCUCACCACCUGCACCCUCCCACCCCAACACUUCAACCCCUCACCACCUGCACCCUCCCACCCCAACACUUCAACCCCUCACCACCUCCUCCCACCCCAACACUUCAACCCCUCACCACCUGCAUCCUCACACCCCAACACUUCAACCCCUCACCACCUGCACCCUCCCACCCCAACACCCCAACACUUCAACCCCUCACCACCUCCUCCCACCCCAACACUUCAACCUCUCACCACCUCCUCACACCCCAACAUUUCAACCCCUCACCAACUCCUCACACCCUAACACUUCAACCCCUCACCACCUGCAUCCUCACUCCUCAACACUUCAACCCCUCACCACCUGCACCCUCCCACCCCAACACUUCAACCCCUCACCACCUGCACCCUCCCACCCCAACACUUCAACCCCUCACCACCUGCAUCCUAACACCCGAACACUUCAACCCCUCACCACCUCCUCCCACCCCAACACUUCAACCCCUCACCACCUGCUCACACUAACAUACCUCACUUCGUCCACUACUUUCACCCUCAACCUUUACCCCUCAUUUCACCUCUUCACUUAGUGACUAUGCAGAUCUAUCUGAGCCCCCAAACAAAAAGGACUGGGUCUUCUGAAGCAGCCAAAUCAGCCCCCACGGUCCCCAACUCCAGACCAACCAGAACCCCCACCCCCCCCUCAGACCAAAGGAGUCCCCCCGACCUUGGACCGGACCAAGGCAGAGACACGCAAAUCAACUCCUUCCUUCACCCUCCCCCUGCAGAAAAGCACCAAUCAAAAUACGUAUUCUCCUCUGGACACGUCCAAUUACAAAAGCCCCUUCAGAUCACCAAGCCAUUACUUCCAGAUCUGUUACUAGGCAAUAGAGUAGGCUAUGAGGAUGUAGAAGUUGCUCCUAACUACAGGUCUAGGGUCAGAUAUUGUUUUAAUCCUCAUAAUGGUUAGGGUUGGAUGUUGGGUAAUCUGAUCCUAGAUCUGUGGUUAAGGGCAACUUAUAUUUUUUGGGCCAUUACAAGUGUAGGCCUGUAAGUUAAAUCGGUUUUCCAGAUGUUUGAAAAUGUAUAGCAAUGUGAGGGAAUUAGAAGUGGAGGUUGUCUUCAGUAAUGUUUGAGAUGGACUGAUAGUUACAAAGUUUUGGUUUUGAUGUUUUUUGUUUGACCAGGAAAGAGAAUAGUGAGUUUAUUUGAUUGUUUUGUAGUAUUUCCUAGCACCAUCAGUGACCAUAGUCCUCUUCACUUGGUUCUCUGUAAGUUCUUACAUAUUUCUGUCUCAGUCAACUGGAAGCCUCUUUUUUUCUCCUGUUUCUUUCUGUCUUAAUGUCUCAUUUACGUUUGACAUUUUAGUAAUUUAGCAGACACUCGUAUCCAGAUUUGUUUGUUUUGUAGCUUUAUGUCAGUAAAAUAUGGAUGUAUGAGUUUUCAUUGAAAUCUCCCUGACUUUGGGGGAUGUACAGUAUGAGUGAAUUCUCUUAUUAGAUUCCUGUGUGUAUCUCUGUCUCUGUUGACAGCCAUUAAUAAACAUUUCAGUGAUCACCUGCUUCGACUACUGUUUCUUUCUCCUUUCUCUUACAACACAAAUUUUAAAAGUCAUUUAGCAGACGCUCUUAUCCAAAGCAACUUACAGGAGAAAUUAGGGUUAAGUGCCUUGCUCAAGGGCACAUCGUCAGAUUCAAACCAGUGACCAUUCGGUUACUGGCCCAACACUCUUAACCGUUAGGCUACCUGCCGCCCUACACCAUGCUGUAAUAAUAACAAUGUAAUAACAACAAAUACAUGUCCAUGGUGUUUGGAGUUCUACUGUUUGUGUGUGUGCGUGUAUGUGUUUGUACACAGUAUAUUUUAUAAGUUAUGUUAGCAACCUCCUGUGGAGAUUCAUAGUGGGGCAGACAGAAACUGUAGGUCUCAGCGUACAGUGCCUUCGGAAAGUAUUCAGACACCUUGACUUUUUCCACAUUUUGUUACGUUACAGCCUUAUUCAAACAUUUAUUAAAUCGUUUUUUCCCCUCAUCAAUCUACAUACAAUACCCCUGUUGGGUUCUAUUUUUCUCAUAAUUGGAUCUGUAUGUGAUGAAUAACUUAGAAGGAAUGCAUUAAUGAGGAGCAUAGGUUUGUACUAUACUGAUAUAAAUUGUUUCACAUAACAGGCUGUGAUUCAUGUAAGGAACGUUAGGGGUAGGACAGAUAAGACUUGUAUUUCUCACAGAUACGAACACUCUCUCUUUGUUGUCUGUGAACCGUCCUUGAACGUAGUACAGUGGAAUGGUGUCUUUUGGGUGCUGACUCCACAGGUUGUUAUGAUAAACUUGUGCCUGGCAACAGUGUGCAACAAAUGGAGCGCCGAGGAGUUGGGACCAACCCCUGCGCCAACGGAUUGGCUGAGUAAAGUCUAAACCACACUCAGUCCUUUACUCUGAUUGGCCAACAGAAGAGGUGGGAACUCUCUGUCAGAGUAUUUGAGAAAGAACCUGUAAACAAUAGUUUAGUUCUCUGUCUGCCCUGCGUGGUUUUUCAGUGAGCCCGUAUAGGAACCUUCAUACUUAUCAUACAUACAUUUUGCAUAUAAUAAAUUAAGCUUGGAUUGAAGAUCUCUUGAUUCUUAUUCCAAUACCAGAUUUGAAUUACGCAAUUUCUAACACCCCAUAAUGACAAAGCAAAAACAGUUUUUUAGACAUUUUUGCUAAUUUAUUAAAAAUAAAAAACUGAAAUAUCAAAUUUACAUAAGUAUUCAGACCCUUUACUCAGUACUUUGUUGAAGCACCUUUAGCAGUGAUUACAGCCUCGAGUCUUCUUGGGUAUGACGCUACAAGCUUGGCACACCUGUAUCUGGGGAGUUUCUCCCAUUCUUCUCUGCAGAUCCUCUCAAGCUCUGCCAGGUUGGAUGCGGAGCGUUGCUGCACAGCUAUUUUCAGGUCUCUCCAGAGAUGUUCGAUCGGGUUCAAGUCUGGGCUCUGGCUGGGCCACUCAAGGACAUUCAGAGACUUGUACCGAAGCCACUCCUGCGUUGUCUUGGCUGUGUGCUUAGGGUCGUUGUCCUGUUGGAAGGUGAACCUUCCUGAGGUCCUGAGCACUCUGGAGCAGGUUUCAUAGAAGGAUCUUUCUGUACUUUGCUCUGCUCAUCUUUGCCUCGAUCCUGACUAGUCUCCCAGUCCCUGCCGCUGAAAAACAUCCCCACAGCAUGAUGCUGCCACCACCAUGCUUCACCGUAGGGAUGGUGCCAGGUUUCCUCCAGACGUGACGCUUGGCAUUCAGGCCAAAGAGUUCAAUCUUGAUUUCAUCAGACCAGAGAAUCUUGUUUCUCAUGGUCUGAGUCUUUAGGUGCCUUUUGGCAAACUCCAAGCGGGCUGUCAUGUGCCUUUUACUGAGGAGUGGCUUCCGUCUGGUCACUCUACCAUAAAGGCCUGAUUGGUGGAGUGCUGCAAAGAUGGUUGUCCUUCUGGAAGGUUCUCCCAUCUCCACAGAGGAACUCUAGAGCUCUGUCAGAGUGACAAUCGGGUUAUUGGUGUCACCUCCCUGACCAAGACCCUUCUCCCCCUAUUGCUCAGUUUGGCCGGGCGGCCUGCUCUUGGAAGAGUCUUGGUGGUUCCAAACUUCUUCCGUUUAAGAAUGAUGGAGGCCACUGUGUUCUUGGGGACCUUCAAUGCUGCAGACAUUUUUUGGUACCCUUCCCCAGAUCAGUGCCUCGACACAAUUCCUUCGACCUCAUGACUUGGUUUUUGCUCUGACAUGCACUGGCAACUGGUGGGACCUUAUAUAGACAGGUGUGUGCCUUUCCAAAUCAUGUCCAAUCAAUUGAAUUUACCACAGGUGGACUCCAAUCAUGUUGUAGAAACAUCUCAAGGAUGAUCAAUGAAAACAGGAUGCACCGGAGCUCAAUUUCGAGUCUCAUAGCAAAGGCUCUUAAUACUUACAGUACGUAAAUAAGGUAUUUCAGUUUUUAAUUUUUAAUAAAUGUGUAAAUUUUUUUACAAAAACUGUUUUCCAUUUCUUUAUGGGGUAUUGUGUGUAGAUUGCUGAGGGGUUUUUUUUCUCCUUGUUUUCAUCCAUUUUAGAAUAAGACUAACGUAACAAAAUGUGGAAAAAGUCAAGAGGUCUGAAUACUUUCCGAAGGCACUGUACUUGAGGGUCAGGAGGCUAGAUGUAUGCUAUCCAACUCGGUGACAACAUGACAUUGGGUAGACUAGUGUUGCACCCCCCUUGAACUUAGUGUGUUGUCUUCACACUUGCAACAUGGAGUUCUCUAAGUGGACAAGGGAUGCUCUCUGCUGGCCAGAAGAUAAUACUGUCUUUGUUGUUUCCUUUCCCAGAUACUUUAAGCCCCAUGCAAUCUUUGUAAUUUUUUAAUCAUCACUGUAUGUCUAAUAAUCACGGUGUUUGUUUAUUUAAUGAAAAUAUUUACAUACACAGCCCUGAUUGACUGAUAGGAUGGUCUAGAGCCCACCCCCUUUCCCAGACGAACAGUCAUUGGCCUAUUAUAAUCAGAUCACAUUGUGAAUAUCAUGAUGUGGGCCGAAAAUUCCUGAACAGGCUGAAAUUCCAUGCAAUUGUUUUGUUAGACAAAAAGGGCAUUAUCAUAAUUUUCACAAUUUCAUUGUUAUUUUGACCUCAUUGUGUGGAUUCUUUAAAAUAUAUAUUUGUUACUUUAAAAUCACGAUUUUUAACUGCACUGCCCCUUUAAGUUGGCUCAACUUCAAUGACAUUUAUUUAAUGGUAUCUGAAGAAUCAGUGGCUUGAAAAUCAAGGCUAGACAGUGGAAGUGAAAGUCUAUGUGACCACACCAACAUCUUAGUUGGGUACAGAUCACUCACACCUGCCAUCUUGCAGGCUAUGUUCAAUGAUUCCGUCGAUGUCCCAUUGAUGUUAUAUCCUUGGCCCCGUACUUUGCCUGCAUGCAGGUCAGAAGAUCUUAGUUGUGUAAAAUAAAGGUUAAAUAAAUAAAUACAAUAAAAAUAGGUUUCAGGUGUCCUAAUAGCCCCUAACCCAAAACCUAGCCUACAAAAGGGCAAGGCAUUACCUUGUAUUUGACCUUACAACCCCAUCUGUUUACCUGUCAGAGGGGAACAGGCAAACAGCUGGCCAUCACACCUAUAGUGUAGCCAACUGAGAUGGGUUCAACAAGGAUGGAUAUGACAGGGACAUCCAAUUCCUCUCAUCAUGGAUUUAAGUAGGCCUACUACUGGUUUUCAUUAAGUGCUAGACAUGUUACAUUAUCACCUGGUGGUGUUGACAGGGUCACAGACUUAGUGGUCACACUUCAAAAAAUAAACCCUGAGUUUGGACCCUCCCCCCCCCCCCCCCCCCCCUCCCCCCCCCCUCAAUUCAAUUCAAUUCAAUUUGCUUUAUUGGCAUGACGUUACAAUGUACAUAUUGCCAAAGCUUACUUUGGAUAUUUACACUAUGAACAUCAUUAAAAUAAUAAUAAUCAAUAUUGUCAACGGGACAACAUUAACAACAAUAUCCAAGGGUCACAAUAACCAUUGAACAAUAACAAUAUAGAGGACGUGCAGGUUGGUUGGUCUGUCAGACACCGUUCCUCAUCUUAUGGCAGGCAGCAAUGUAGUGCGCUGUCAACAGGACCGGUAGCCUAUUCUCAUCAGAGAGGUCUUUUGAAACUUUGGGAAAUAACACUCUCUAAUUAUUUUAUAUUCUCAGGUCUUUGAAACUUGGGGAAAUAACACUCUCUAAUUAUUUUAUAUUCUCUCUCUCUCUCUCUCUCUCUCUCUCUCUCUCUCUCUCUCUCUCUCUCUCUCUCUCUCUCUCUCUCUCGCUGCCACGCUCCCAGUGAUGGACGAAGGGAAGAUGGCACCUCAGAAGCCGCUGUCAGCCACACGGACCGGUAUCUCGUCAGGACAGUUCUCCGUAGCGCUCUGAAAUGGCACCAAAAACACCUGCACCACCUCGAGAGCGACUGGAGACAGAUUCGUUUUAAAAGAGACUAA